AGCAAGCUUAGCGUGUAGCCUUUGUUUUUCAAUUUCAAAAAUCAAAACAUUGCGAUCGUAUAAAAUAUUUUUUUUUAAAAUAAUAGUGAAAUCGGUUUUGCAAGCUGUAUAUGAAUGGCGUCUUUUCUUAACAUUUUAUCGACAAAUGUGAUACGAAACCAAUGUCUAUUAUCCCGGUUUUCACCGUACACUACGGAAGCUGUCAAAAAUGGGUUGAAGUUGAGUGACUCCUGCAUCAAGCGUUUGAAGGAGAUUUGCAAUGAUAAAUCGUUUCUCCGUGUUACUAUCGAAGGUGGAGGAUGUUCUGGAUUUCAGUAUAAGUUUGAUAUAGACGACAAACUCGAAGCAGACGAUUUGAUUUAUGGUUCAAACAGUGCGCGGGUAGUGAUUGACUCAUCAUCGAUCGAGUAUGUAGAUGGCUCAACAAUCGACUUUCACACAGAAUUGAUACGAUCUGGGUUCAGAAUUAUUCAAAACCCUAAAGCUGAACAAGGAUGUUCCUGUGGAGCGUCUUUCUCGAUUAAAAUUUAAUAGAGUUGUUAAUGCUUAGAGUUUGUUGAUUGUACAUUUAGUUGCAUGUCUUGGUAGUAGAUACAGUAAAUAUAUUUGCUUGUUAAACCAAA